AUGUUAGCUCUAAUCAAGUACAAAAUAAUAUUAUUCGUAAUCGCAGUAACGUCCCUGACAAUUUGCGCUUUAAUAAUUUGCGUUGGAGCUUUGGACGUUUAUGCUGAUGUGAAGUACCGUAUUCAACACAACCAAACAUACUAUUCUCCUCACAGAGUGGCAGCUAUUUCGAUGUUUUCCAUAGUAAAUAUAUCAAUUUUUGCCAACAUAGUUUAUAUGUCCAUCUACGCAUUACGUGGACUACGAUAUACUUGGUAUAUGGGUUGCAACUACUUUUUGUACGUCUUAAGUGAACUGAUAUCAGCGGUUAUUAUCGUCACGGAGUACGAUUAUCUCAACUAUUCGAAUUUACUUGCCAUCUUGGUGUUUAUAUUAGCAGUUUUUCUCUUUAUCAUCACUUUGGCUGCUGAACAAAUUUUUAAUGAAGUUGAAGAACUAAUUGCUGCAACAGUUGGCACUGACUUCGACCGAGUGACUCGGAAAAAAUAUCAACGUACUGUGAAGAUGAGACAACGAUGCGUGACGAUCAGUCUUCGCGAUACUGAUAACCAAGGUCCUAGUACCUCCGGUGGUUUGCAGAAGACCACUGCUGACAUAUUUCACACAUUUAAAUAA